CGCGAGGCCCCCUGCUCCCCUUCCCUCGUCUCCGAAUAACAGUACAUAAUAUUAUUAAUUAUUUCUUUGUUAUUGGGGCGAAUGUAGUCAAAUGUAGGGAUUGUGCCAAUUUCUCGGGAGGUACUUUUGUCGCGAUGUGAGUGAUCGACGGACUUUCGAUUGAAAGCUUCGGGCACGGAUGAUAGAUAAGUGGUCGCUCCUCAAGCUGUGUUUUGUUUUGUUUGGCCGUGAUGUUACCUCAAAAAUUCGAUAAGCUGCAUGUUUCGCGACGGUGAUCACAAUGUCGGAACGCGAUUCACCCUUAUUCCUACCCAAGAUUUUCUGAGUUUUGCGUCUUUCUCCGCAACCUAGUGCAAAUUUCCUUCUUUUUUUUUUCGGAAGCGAGCAAUAUUACUUAUGUUAGAUUCAAGUUGUGCUAUUCAUGGCUGUGUUAAAUUUUAGUGCCCCUUGGUUACAAGGUAAAGGGAAAAUGAUUUCAUAUGUCAUUUUUAUUCUCGGUGUUAUAUCAUCACCCUCGGAUUGUGUGGUUAGACAAAGUCAGCAAAGUUGGGUACCUUUGAAAGAUCCAACAGUCUCGCAGUCUUCGGAAAAUGGGGUCUCCGAAUCGCUCCACAACAUCAUGCCGUACGAAGAGGUGCAGUACAGCGUUGCGAAUGUUUCGAGUAACUAUCACAGCUCUACAAAGUUCUACGCCAAAGGAAUGGGUCAUCUGUAUUAUCUGACGAAUCUAAUCAUCAACACUAUUCAGGAAGAUCAAGCAUUCCCAGAAGGAUUGAUCUCUGUGAGCGAGGAUGGCCGCUCAAUUCAAGUGGCAGAUGCUCGGAAAGAAUGGAAGACAUUGUUGACACACUAUGGACCAGUGCUGGGAGUAAUACUUGGUGCUCUCGUGUUUAUUAUCGUCAUGCCCAUCGCUGGACUUCUAUUCUGUUGUUGCCGCUGCGCUGGCAAGUGCGGCUCUCGCUCACAGCCAUUUGAGAAACGCUAUGAUCCAUGUCGCAGGCAUUCUUACGGCAUACUUCUGGCUGGAAUAACCGUCUUGAUUUCGUUUGGUGUUGUUUGCGCAUUCGUCACGAAUGAAUUCUUCCAAGAUGGUUUGAAAAAUCUCCCGAGAAACGUUCGCACAUCUCUAGACGAUGUAGACUUGUACAUUAACAACACGAAAUUGGAAAUCAACAAUUUGCUUAUAGUGAAUUUCAAUGAGCUGGACCAUACCUUGAAUAAUAUUUUGCAGGCGAGCGGACAAAUAGUGAAAGACAAACUUGGAAAGGUGUCAAAAGCUAGUGUGCUCGUAAAUUUAACCAACAUUGUCUCUGGCUUGGGCAUCAUAAAGAAUGAUCUGAGGGAAAUCGAUAAUUUAACGAAAGCCUUGCAGGACAAUGCGCUUCAACUUGAUCAAGCUCUGAAGGAAACCAGGUCAAACAUUAUUGAGAAGCUCCAACAAUGCAAAUCGGAAAGAGUCUGCCGUGAGUUUUUAAAGAAGUAUCAUGACUUACAUGACCUGACCUUGGAGGCCAAUUUCACUCAGCUUUUGGAUAAAUAUUUGCCAAAGCUUCCGGAUGUAACUGCCAGUCUACAAAACGUUUCAGAGCUGAUGAAGGAUGACAUCGAACAUGAAGUCCUAAAAGGAAAAAGAGAGUUUGAAAAAAUACAGGUUUCCAUUCAGAAUGAAGUCCAAAGCACGAUACCCCAAAUCUCCGACAAUAUUCGAAGAGCAGGAGAUGCAAUCAAAAGGGCAGCAGACAAAAUAACGCAGCUGUUAGACCGAUUUCGAACUGAGAUACACACUCAUACUCCUCAACACGUGAACAAAGGAGAGUUUUACAUCACUGAAUAUGGAGAGUACAAGUAUUACUUGGGUCUUGGUGUGAGCGUCGCUUUACUGAUGGUUCUGAUGAGUCUUACGAUGGGAUUGUUCUGUGGUUUCUGCGGAGCCCGCCCUGAUGGAGGCUACCAGGACGAUUGUUGUAACAAAGGCUCCGGCGCACGCUGCCUCAUGCUGGGCGUCUGGCUCAUGUUCCUCUCAUCAGCAGUUUUAAUGGCCAUCACCCUCGCCCAUUUCAUGACCGGAAUCACGGUUCAAAAAACUGUCUGCGAGCCCCUUCAUGCUCCAGACAACUCAAGGAUCUUUGCUUUGUUUGAUAGAAUCCUCAACGUCAAAGACAUCUACCCACGCAGGCCUGAUGAGUUGACACCGCACUUAAACAUCAGCACUGUAAUUCGAAGUUGCCACCGCAAUGAAAGUAUUUACCAAGUGCUGGAUUUGGAGGGACUGGUAGACAUGGAACAAGUUCGACACUAUGCUGAAAAGUUUGAAAUCAUGCGGAAAAUUCAAGAUCUGACUACCCAGAUCAGACUGAACAACAAAAUUAACAUCCUCACAGAGGAGGCUAAGACGCAACUUUUCCACCUGGCGCAUUCACCAUUGUCGAACAUUGAUUUCCCUGCAUACACACAUGUUCUUGGAGAAAAAAUCACUUCGAUUGACUUGAUGCAAUUAGCAGGAGCGCUGAAUGAGACAUCAACAAAGCUGCCAGACUCGCAUGCUGAAGUGAAGCGUUUUCUGCGAAAUCAGGUUAUGUACCUGCACUUGCAUCAAAGCCAGCAUGUAGCCAGCAUGCUGCAGCUGUCAAAACAAUUGGAAGCGACGGCUCAUCAGCUCAGCGUCCACCUGAAGUUCAAUCACACCUCCCUCAAGGACGCCAUCGAACACCUCAUGCUGGAUGUAGAAGACGCACAGACAUUCCUGGAUAACGAAGGACCAUCCAUAGUUCAAAAGCUGGCCAAAGACUUUGGGGAGGAAUUCACACGGCAUAUUAAUCAGUAUUUAGAGAGAGUUGUCACUUUGACGACGAAGGAAAUAGGACACUGCUGGCCUUUGUCACAAGUCUACAAUGCAACAAUUGUCUCCGGAUGCAACAAAAUGCUUCUUCCAUUCAAUGGGUUUUGGGUGUCCUCCGGCUCCAUUUUGCUUCUGUUCAUCCCUGCAAUAAUUUUGAGUGUGAUCUUGGCCUCUCUGUAUCAGAAGUCUGACCCGUAUCCAGGACCUUUGGUUGAAGCAGAAUACUUGUAUGAUGCAUACAGUGAUCAUAGAGAAAACAUUCCCCUUGCCCACGUGCGUGAGAAGAAGAAAAAGAAGACUAAAAGAAGCAAUCAUGAAACAUAUGACAAUGGUGCAGCCGCUGACUACUCUGCGCAUUUGGGCCGUGGCUCCAGGGCAGACAAUCGCACAAGCACGUCCAAUACAUCAGCCUCCCCUGUAGCUACCAACUCAGCGCCGGAUAGUCGUUUCGCUGGAGAUAUGGCUCCAAAACAUUGGGACUUCCCAAACAGUGCAUUACCGCACUACACAACUCCACCCCCAAUGGGGACAGAGUACGAGCGACCUCCGCCGUAUUACUACCCAGGUCCUGUUCCAGUCACCGCGCCGCCAGCCAAAUAAUCACAUUUGAUUAAACUAUCCAAAGCUUUGUAUAAGUCUCUACUUCUUUCAGUGUAUCUGUUCUAGUGAUGAACUAAGCGUGACAGUACUGUCAAGAUUUGUGGCCUCCUUCGCAUGCGGGUUUUUGGUAAUGAAGACCCAGCGAACCGCUUCUGAAAAGAUAUCAGAUAACAUUUUAUUUUUACGUAUUUAAUGAAUCGGGUAGAUCGCCAAGUGACAGGGUUCUCGUUUGGAAUUUUUUUUAUUGAUCCUUUUUAACCAGCUAACAGACAGCACCAAAUGCUAAAAACAGUAACUUGUUAAUGAAUUAUGUCUCGCUGUUUAAGAAAAAUGAUCUCCCUCAGAAUUUCAGCACACAAGUAAAUUGUAUGUACUUGCUAUAGGAUGUCACCAUUGUAACUGCAGUCCACUUUGCUAGCAAGUGACGUUUGAAAUUAGAGGGUUUCUCUUUAGCUUUCAUUUUGUCACGAGAGGAAAAAAAGUGCCAAAAUACAGGACCAGCAAAUGUGUUUUGAAAAAGUGUCAAUACUUCUAAUGCCAUUCGUUUCAUCAAUCUGAGACUAAUGAAAUUCAAAGUAGCAUAGAGAUUGAUUUUUUUUCUAUGCAGACAACUUUUCAGUGUUUUUUUUGGAGGAAACACCGUAUUUUUUUUCUUUCUCCGUUUUCCAGUCAAAGUACUUUUGGAAACAAAAUGUCUAAGAAAAUUAUGAAAUUGACAUUCCUAAAAUGAGAGCUCUGUAUCAUGGCAGUAGCAAUUACUGGCAAUCUGUUUCUCGACUUCGAAGCAGAAGCUAAAUUCAUUUUUUGCGACUCGCUUCAAAGGAGAGCGCUUGUAGCAUCUGUAUAUAUGAAUACUUUGUUGUAAUCUUCCUUUUAUUUGGUUUAGAGGUAGACAUUUAUAACUAUCCACUGAUCGUUUCUUAGAGUGCUUUGUGGUUUUCCGUGACCAUUUAAAUGAAGGUUGGUUAUUUUCUCUGUACGUUUCGGAACUUUAGCAUGGAAUUGAAGAUUUCAGCUCAACCUACGGUUAAGGGAAAAGUAUUGCGGUUCAGGUGAACAUGACUGAUUUAAAUUGUGUGAAACGAAUCUGCAGUGCACGAGAAAAUUAACAAAAUUUCAAGUCUUGUGGAAUGAUGAUUCAACUGCAGAUGGUGGUAUUCCGUUUCUUUUGUGUCACAUAUUUAUGAUUCUCUAGAAAUUUGAAAUCUUUUGCUCCUAUUUUACUUACUAUUUUUGCAACAUUUUGUUCAGCAUAAUUGAUUUAUUUUCUCUUCAAUUUUACCAACAAUUUAUCGUUGAAGCUGAAUCAAACUCAGUCAUCCUUCUUCAUUCAUUAUUCUUAGCUUUUGCCCACUGAUACUUAAACAUUUUAUUUUAUAAUGUUCAACCUAUUUCAUUACAACAUUAUAAUCCAAGCAGUUCUGCUGCAGUUUUACUAAUCAGCAAGUUCUAACAUACAUUCCUAUUUAUCCACCAUUAGGUCUUCCUCGAUCAAAUUUUGAUUUAAGAUUUUAUCUUGCGGUUUGUUCCUUUACUCACCUCUUUUUUAAAGCUCUGAAAAAAUACUCAAACAUGGCAAUUAAUAAGUGUUAGCCAUCUUUAAUUCCCUAAUAUUCAAAUCUUAAUUUAUUUGUGUGGUUGUGGUUUGCCUUCUUAUUUUUAAGGGCACUUAAACGACCAAAUUUUUAACUUGCGACUUGAUACCUUCAUGUGAGCCAAAAUUUCGAAAUGGGGAUUUUAAUGCCCAGACAGUAAAAAAUUUGUAGGAGUUUACCGAGUGCAUACGUAAUUGAAUCCAGCCCGCAAGAGUCCUUUGCUUGAAGUUUUGGCUCAUUUAGGACAUGAUAUCCAGCUUGUGCAUUGUUCGUUAUGGCAAAUGUAGCUGGCUUUUAAUAUGUGAGUGGAAAAGAACAUUAAAGAAUGUUGGUGUAAUGUACAAUGUGUGGGUCACAAGAAUGACUUUGUUUAAUUUGAGUCGAGCAGCAUUACAAAUUUUUAACCUGAAUAAACCUGUCAUAAUCUUGGCUGUAAAUGAACAAAUUAAUUCUAGGAGGAUGCUAACUUUAACUCACAAUCACUAUGUUUUUUUUUUUUUUUUUUCAGUUGCUCAAAAUCUUUAGUCACAUGAAUUUGGUUUUGGAAACAAAUAGGACUUAAAUUCUGUUGUCAUUAUGUUUAUAAUUGCAAACUAAUUUUAGAGUAUCGAUAACUUGAACAUUUCAGAGUCUAUAUUGCUUUUAGUUCGGUUGUAUCCCCCCAAGUUAAGCAUUUAUAACCUUCAACCUUGGGAACUCGACUCAAUGGUUUACAAGGAAGCUAUCACUCGAGACGUCAAGUUGAAGACUUAAAACUUGUCAUGAAACGGAAAAACUGAAUGCAUGAUUUCUCCAACUUGUAAAAGAGGGCUCUUGUAACCUCUAAAUUCCAAAAAAGCUUAAAGAAUGUCUUCAUUGGUUGCGUUUGAAUCUGUUAGUAACUUAACUUGAGUGAUUAAAAAGAUCUCAAAUUAAAAUAAGUAUUUAAAAACUGCCAUAGAUCAAGCGUUUAGUGAUCUAUAUGAUCCUCAUAAAAAUUUGAGUACUGGAAAUCUGUCCUCAACUGUUGUGGCACGAUUUCUGUGUAAGUACUAAGUAUUAGAAUAAUGGGAGAUAACUUCCCAUUUUAGUGUCUGAUCUUUCGACUGUUUUAUUUAGAUUAUUUUGUUAGACGAAUUUAACUAUUUCCACCCCCCUCAUCCACAUUAUUAGUUUUUUAUUAUUUUCCAUUUAUCUCAACGCUUGGCUUAGUUUUAAGGAGCAGACUGAUAGUAAGUCUUCUUUCUUUAUUUUUAUUCCUAGGAUUUAGCAGGAAAUUACUCUCAUUUUUCAUUGUAUCUCCUUGCGAUCGAUAAAGUGUCAUGAUUCUGUAUCAUCAAUCUCGACUUUGAUUGAUGUCAUCUAAUAAUUUUCCUUUUAAUGAUAUAAUUUUCGAAGACUAGCUGAAGACAUGGAGUAUUUUACCCUUGAAACAAACUAUUUUUGACAAAGAUGAUAUCUAAGUAAAUCCUUGUCUUCAGCUCUCCAAAGCUGUCAUAGACAAAAAAGGGUUUCCUGCUUUCCAUUUUCUGGAUGUUGCUUUCGGAGUCAAAAGACAUUUAACCUUGACUUGGGUUUGAUUUUCCAUGAAGAUCCAACAAUUUUGAACUUGUCUCAACGAGUUUCAAAGUUGUGCAUCCAAAAAAAUCAUUGUAUGAAAGCAUUUCAAUGUUUGCGGCUCAGAUAGAGUGAGUUCGAAGAAAAGAACAAGCUCACUUCAACCCACCUCGAUCAUAUUUCAUGGUAAAAAUUUCAUUAUCAGAGUACACGUGUACCAUGUAUCAAAUGAUUUGGUUUCAGGAAGAGGUGGGUCGGUUCCUUUAUGUUUAAUUUAAAUCAAAUAGAGGAACUAUGUUCAUUUUUCCUUUUUUCAAGUACAUAAUUAUGUUUAACUCCCUUGUUUUUUACUUGUGUUAGCUUGACAUCGCUGUUUAUGUUUAAUUAUUUGUCUGUCGUUUCAUUUUUCUCCCUUCCUCACUGUACAUGAAGCUGAUUAUCUUUUUGAAAAAUAAAUAUUUUUCCUCCUGAUCA